AUGGUUCUCGAGGCGGUGAUGGUUGUCGUAGACAACAGCGAGAGCAGCAGAAACGGAGACUACCAGCCCACGAGAUUCGAUUCACAAGUUGACGCCGUCAAUGUCCUUUUCCAGACUAUUACUCAGGGUAACCCUGAGUCUUCAGUUGGCCUGAUGAGCAUGGGAGGCAAGGGUCCCGAAGUGCUCGUCACUCUCACGACCGAGCAAGGCAAGAUAUUGGAGGGCCUGCAUCGGACAAAGAAGAAGAUUGGCGGCUCAUCUCAUCUCAAGACUGGCAUUCAAGUUGCUACGCUUGCUCUGAAGCACCGACAAAACCGAUCCCAGCGACAGCGAAUAAUAGUCUUUAUUUGCUCCCCAAUCGAAGAGAGCGAUAAGGAGCUGACGCAGUUGGCUAAAAAGAUGAAAAAGGGCAACAUUUCGGUAGAUUUCAUCCUGUUUGGCGACCUCGACGAUGACGGCACGCAGAAGAAGCUGCAGAUUUUUAACGAUGAGGUCAAGGGCAGCGAGGGUUCACACUUUGUUGUUAUUCCACCUAGUAGCAAGCUGCUGAGCGACCAACUUGUGGCCACCCCAAUAUUACUUGGCGAGGGUGCUUCGGGAUCUGGCGGCGGCGGCGGCGGCGGUAUGGGCGGAGGCAACGAGGAGUUUGAAUUUGGUUUUGAUCCCGCCAUGGAACCCGAGCUUGCCCUCGCUUUGCGAAUGAGUAUGGAGGAGGAGAAGGCCAGGCAAGAAAAGAUAGCCCGGGAGGAGGAGGAAGCUGCCAAAAAGGCAUCACUUGAGAGUGUCAAGGAGGAGGAUGAGUCUGGUCCAUCUGGAAGCGGAGACAAAAAGGACGGCGGUGACAAGAUGGACACGUCGUAA